AUGCCGGCAAUUCAUUGUAGCCAAGCACAGACGUCAAAGUUGAGGCGGGAAGGCAACGAGGUCCAGAGAAAGGCUCUGGUGGGAGGAUGUCCGAUCCGAACCUGCGAUCUGGGAGUCAUGAAUGAGAUGACCAGCUCAAGGGCUCCACAGGUUUCGCUUGUUGUGGGUUGUAAGGUCCUCCCGGGGUCUUCAGAGGUCAUUCGGGCCAGCUUGAGUCGGGGCUGA